GCAAGAGAUAGAAGAGUAGGCAUCCUUAUAUUAUUUGCAAUGGUUGUUUCUCUUGUACUAAUGAUCUCCAUAGGCAUUUACGCGAAAGUAGUGAAAACAAGGCGACAACCUAUCUUAGGGAUGAAACAUAAUUUUCUUGAGAAAAUGGAUGAGCAUAUGGCCAUGGAAUCCUUGCUAUUCGACUGUGGCGCCAUUCGAGUUGCCACAAAUAACUUUUCUGAAGCAAAUAAACUUGGAGAUGAUGGAUAUGGCACUGUUUACAGGGGUAGUCUUUCCAACGCAAAAAGCAUAGCAGUGAGAAAGCUUUCAAUAAACUAUGUGAAAGAGUAUAUGGAAAUUAAGAAAGAGGUUUUGUUAAUGGCCAUGCUUCAACAUCCAAAUCUAAUUGAGCUCCUAGGGUGUGCCUUGGAAGAAAAUUCUGAAAGGCUUCUUGUCUAUGAGCUUUUCCCUAACGCAACUCUUGAUCGCAUCAUAUUUGACGGAAUCAAGAGCAGACAAUGGGAUUGGGAGAUCCGGUACAACAUCAUAGUGAGCAUUGCACGGGGACUCCUUCACCUUCAUGACCGUCACUUUGUUCAUGGUGAUUUCAAUGCUGGUAACAUUUUGAUAGAUGCACAAAUGAAUCCCAAAAUUUCAAAUUUUGGUAUGGCAAGAUUCUUUGAGGUUGAUCAAACACAAGGCAACGUUAAUGGAAUUCAUCUGCUGAAUCUGAUGUCUAACUCAUACAUGGCUCCAGAGGCAACUGUUGGACUUUCAUCCGCUGAAUCUGAUGUCUACAGUUUCGGUGCGUUAGUCGUCGAGAUAGUAAGUGGACAAGAAAUUAGUAGUUUAACUUCCGAAAAGCUAAAUGAGAAGGAUCUUCUGAGCUAUGCAUGGAAGAAUUGGGCAAAAGGGACAGUUAGAAGUCUAAUAGAUCCGACGUUGUGGACUGGUUCAGGGAUUGAAUUAAUGGAGAGAUGCAUCAGAAUCGGAUUAUUCUGUAUGCAGAGGACUAGAGCCGAUAGGCCAACCAUGUCCUCUGUUAUUCAGAUGCUUAGUUAUUCUUCCGCUAUCCCUCUACCUUAUAAAUUUAGUCAUGGUAGCUUUGGAAUCAUUGGAACCAUCGAAAAUGUGGAAGGUGUUUCUGAUCCAAGGUCUAGGGCAAAGGUUCAAUCCUUCUUUGCAAAGAUGCGGUGUGCCACUACUGCCAUCAUCAAUAGGAUACGUAGUAAAUGA